AGUCGGUCCUGUCUCUGUUACACACUGUUGGCAAGUACUGGGCAUGAACUGGCUCCUGAAUAUAUCUAAAUUGUUUAAUUAGCGUUUUAACCCCACACUUUCACUCAUUUUCUAAGCCUGCCUACUUAGUAAGAAACCAUUGUCACUGGUAGUGGGUCAUAUCUCUAUAAAUAUAUGUCAGCAACGAAAAUAAAGGUCAUUUUCUUUUAAAUCACCGUGAAAAACAAGAAAAGGUUAUAAAUUUCCUAUUACGGUCCCCAACGAAUCUUUACCAAUAUAAACACUGAGAUGCGUUACUGCAAGAGAGCCCUUCAUUUUACAAUGGUUGGAAGCUAAUGCAAGCAGACAAAGGCAUUAAGACAGUCCUAUUGACUUGCUAAACAAAAUGUGGUGGGAACAGUUACAGGUGCUGUUCAAAAGAUAAAAUAUUGAAUAAAAUAGGGUUCUCAAGUCUAAAAAAAAAAAUAGAUAUAAAUCUGACCCUCAGCUCAAAAAAUAAGAAUUUUGUCCUACAAAAUAUGAAUGCUGUAUCCAUAAUAUAUUGUUAAUAUUUUAUUUAGAUAACAAAAACAACAAAAUGAAGAAUCUUCUCUUUGUGUCUAUUGAAAAUUGUAUUUGUCCCAUAUAUGGGUCUUUUUGCACAACACAGUUAUUCAAAAGGAAAGUGUACAUCUCGCACCAAAUAUCCGUGAAGUCAAAAUUUACUUUAACUUGGAUUAGACCCUUCACCACUGCAACGUUAAAUCCCAAAACUACACCGAAGAACAAAAUGAGAACCCUGACUUCUUCACUCCUCUCUGCUGCUCGUGUCCACACCAUGAGACUCACCUCCCUCAAGAACCAUACCUUCAAGUUUAUCCAAGCCCAGGCUCCUUCCCAUGCCCGUGCCAUCACCACCAAGUCUAAGACAAGGAGCCCAUCAUCAGCUCUCCCUGCUAGUGCAACAACCGAGAGUUCACAGAACAUAGUGGCGUCACAACUCCCAGACGUGGACCUUACCUACACUCCUGUCACCUCUUCUAUUUUCUCCAAUGUCUCCAAGUGGUCACAUAAAACUGCCAUUGAAUGUGGGGUGACAGGCAGGAGUUACACUUAUGGCCAGAUUGUGGAUGCUGUCAUGAAGUUUGGUGGACUGCUGCAGAAGAUAGCUGGUGAUGGAACGGCCCCAACCACAGAUAACGGCAAGCUGAUGGUGGCCAUCUUAUCACCUAACAGCCCAGAGUACCCCAUCAUAUUCUAUGGCACUACUCAUGUUGGUGCCACCAUCACCACCAUCAACCCCACCUACACUCCAGGGGAAGUGGCAACACAUCUGAGUGACAGUGGGGCGGGGGUGCUGGUGGUGGACGCCAUGAUGGAGCCACUGGCAGAUGCUACUUUGCUGCACCUCCAGCAGGACAUCCAUGUCCUCGUGAACGGCACUUCCAAGAAUGGCAGAGCUAACCUGAGAGAAAUUAUUUCCAGUGACAACAUUCCAUUUGCUCACCAAGUUGAUGUCCCUGGAGAGACGGUGGCCAGCCUCCCUUACUCAAGCGGCACUACAGGCAAACCCAAAGGCGUGUGCUUAUCCCAAAUCGCCAUCUCCAACAUAAUUAAUAUGUUCCACACCCCCUACACUGCUGUAAUCACCAAUGCAGAAGGAGACCACCAGGAUGUGCUAAUAGGUCUGUUACCCUUCUUCCACAUCUAUGGGAUGAUGGUAACCAUGAGUUCUGGCUUAAAAUGUGGUACCAAGAUUAUUACGCUGCCCAAGUUUGACCCUCAGAGCUACGUCACACUACUCAAGAAGCAUAAAGUCUCGAGUCUGCACGUCGUCCCAUCACUGUUGCAGUUCAUUGCCAUGUCUCCAGCUGUGUCACCAGCAGACUUGGCCAGUGUUAAAUCUAUUAUGUGUGGUUCUGCCCCAGUCCUGCCCAAUAUAGCUACCAUGCUCAAGGAAAAAGCAUCUAAUCCACUUUUCUUCCAGGAAGUUUACGGCAUGACAGAGAUUUCUUGCUCCCACAUGACUAUUUGUGGGGAGGAGAAGUUGGGCUCUUGUGGUAAACUGCUUCCCAACACUCGUGCCAAAAUAGUCGACCUGGACACUGGUGCAACUCUUCCUUCCGGUGCCAAGGGUGAACUGUAUGUGCAAACACCUGCUAGGAUGACAGGGUACCACAACAACCCCCAAGCCACAAAGGAGGUCAUGGAUAUGGAUGGCUGGGUCAAGACUGGUGACUUGGCCACCUAUGAUGACGAGGGCAACUUCACCAUCAUUGACCGCAUGAAGGAGCUCAUCAAGGUCAAGGGAAUGCAGGUGUCACCUUCAGAGCUGGAGGACGUGCUGCUGGGUCAUCCGGGCGUGGCCGAAGUGGGUAUUGUUGGUGUGGAUGAUGAACGUGCUGGGGAAGUGCCACAGGCAUUUGUGGUCCGUCGUGGUCAGGUGACUGAGGAUGAGCUGCAGGCUUUCAUGCAGGGCCGUGUAGCCCCUCACAAGCAGCUGGCUGGAGGCAUCAAGUUUGUUGACCAGUUGCCUAAGAAUGCUACUGGCAAGCUCCUCAAGCACGAACUGAAGAAAAUAGCACAGCAGGAAUAGCUGACACACACAUGCUUCCAAGUGCCUGAUGUUUUGACCAAAUUUGGAGGGGAUUUAUACAACAUAACAUUAAAUUUUCAAUGGGAAUUAUAAUAUUUCAUCUUAAUGACACUUAUUUCUACACUUCAUCUUUAACAUCCCUAUUUUACACUUCAAUUUAUGACAUGACGUAAAUCACUUUGUGAUAACUAGUUUUAUUAUACAGAAUCUUAUAGGUAGGACUCAUAUUUACCAGUGACCAUGUUACAAUGAUAUUUGAUGUAAGUUUGUUAGUUACAGUUCUUAUGUCUUGUAUGAUAAGUUACAUGUAGUAAUAUGUCUGACCCAUAGAUAUGAAUCACCAAAUAGGAUUUUUGUUGAAAAUAAUAUGACAUACACACUCUGUUAUCUGUUAACACUGGUUUCCAUGCAUUAAUAUUAAUUUUAGUGGACAGAUCUUUUGAUUACUGUAUUUUUAGAAUAUUCAUCAUUCCAAAAUACUGUACUUAUCAGUGAUACUGUCAAUGUUAAAGGUACUAGCUUUUAUGGUUUCAGUGUUAUGCAAGAUUUUUGUUAACUUGUUGCAGGCAUAAUAUAGCACUAAAGUGGAACAUCAUAUUAACUAUAGGAGGGAGUACAGUACAACUUUUGACCCACCAUACAUCAUGGAGAGGCACAAUUACUGAUCCCUUAUCACCAUGUUCCUCAUUGGCAGUUUGGUAAGAUUGACUCUCAUGAUUAGAUGGUUAUCACUGGCAGUCUUAUCAAAGGUCAUUCACUAUGAUAUUCCAAAACUCCCUGACUUUGAUAAGGCUCAUAUUUGACAUGGCAUAUUCAUUGCAAUAUAGUAUGUUUAUCAUAUUUUAUGAUCUCUGAUAUUGGCUAGGUUGGCCAUUAUGUGUUUUUAUAUACAGUAUAUAGUUUUUUCUACAGUAUAUUGUGAAUUACAUGAACUGAGAACAAGGAGCUGUAUACUGUAGUUCAUUCAUGACAGUCGCUAUAGGCAUCGCCAGGUAGUGGACAUAGUAAUUUUUUUUUUUAAAUGACAGUACAAGCCCCACCCCCC